AUGGCGACGCGCGUUCGCGCCGCGCCGACGCCGCGCGCGGCGCCGCCGCGACGCCGCGUCGCGCGACGCGCGUACGGGACGUCGACGCGCGACGGGACCUUCGUCGAGGGGCCCGGAAACGCGUUCGGGCGAUUGAUCGACGCCGCGCGAGGCGCGCGCGACGUCGUCCAGGCGGGCGCGCCGGCGCUGCGAGACGUCGCGCGCGCGGUCGACGUCGACGAGAUCGACUCGACGGAGAUCCAGGAGUUGAUCGCGGAGAUGCUGCGCGUGUGCAGAGCGCGCGGGGUGGGGCUGGCGGCGCCGCAGCUGGGGGCGCGGCGACGCGUCGUGGUGCUGGAGGACACGACGGAGGGCAUGUCGGACGAGACGAGCGAGGCGCUGGCGAUGAAGCGACGCGAGGCGUUCAGAGCGAAGGUGAUCGUGAAUCCGACGCUGACGCCGAUCGGGGACGCGAGCGCGGCGUUCUUCGAGGGAUGCCUGUCGGUGGCGGGAUAUCGCGCGGUGGUGCGGCGACACCUCAGGGUGCGGUGUCGAGGGUACGGCGGCGACGGGAAGCCGGUGGAUUUCGAAGCCGUGGGGUGGGAGGCGAGGAUUUUGCAGCACGAGGUCGAUCACCUGGACGGGGUGCUGUACACGGAUCGCAUGGAAUCGCGAACGCUGCGAAGGGUGGAUUUGCUCGACGAGCCGCUGCCGGGGGAUCACCCAGAGUUCGGCGAGGCGGUGGUGCUCGGGGAAUCGACCGCGCCCGUGCGGCGGGGCCCGGGCGCGAGCGCCGCGGAGGACGUCGAGGCGCGCGUCAAGGCUCGGAAAAAUCGUAAAAAGUAG